AUGAGCAUAACGCUGCUUCAAGGCUACUCUUCUUCCGAAGAAGAAGACGCAGAGGAGAGGGAUAACGAGAACUCAGACGAAGAAGAUGAUGGCGUUGAAAGAUACGGAUCUUCUUCUGUGUUCGAUUUCUCUACAUCUCACUCCGUUAAAGACUCAGGCCUUCCUUCAGCUAACGACGUUUUCUCUCAGAUAUCAGGACCACCUGAGUUUCUAAAUAACCGUACAGAAGCUGACGUGGAAGCUACAGCUAGAGAUGCUGAGCAUGCUAAGCGUCUUACCCGCAAAAAGAAGAAAGCUAAACCUAAAGGUGUUGUAAUGGAAGCAAAACCUCAACUAGUAGGGAUCCAUGAGAGAGUAAGAAACGAUAUUGAUGCACCACCAUCUUCAGAGAGCGGUGAAAAACGGAUAUCUACUGCAACCAAUCCUAAUGCUGAAGAAGCUGCAGAUCUCUUAAGGAUGUGUCUGCAAUGUGGAGUGCCGAAAACAUAUACAAACGCGAGAGGAAUGGUAUGCCCUGUUUGUGGUGACCGGCCAUUACCGGACUUGGAAGCAAAGAAGAGAGGCUCUGCGAUUAAAGAUAAAGAGAAGAGCAAGAGAAUGAGAGGACAGUCCUCUCACGCUUCGUGGAAGAGUGAAACAGAGAUGCAACUUAGGCAACAUUUUGAUUAGUAUGUUUUCAGAACACUUUCUUCUCCUCUUUUUAUUACAUUGUUCCAUCUGAAUCAAGUUUCUGUAAUAUAACGACAAAGUUAUUGAUGUUUUAAGAGAUUUGUGGCAAAAACAAAAACUGACAUUUGUAUCUACAUAAAGACUAUGUAUCUCCCUAAACUUGAACAUAUUACAAAGGCA